AUGGAUGCUGCCGCUCCCCCGGUUGUCCUUGAACAGUCGGCGACAACGACCCAGCAACCAAUGUUCGACAUAUCCAAGCCCCCCGUUAUAGAAGGAUUUACGCCGCUAUCGCGACCCAGAGAAGAGACGUUCCAGGAGAAGUUUAUGAGGAAGUCGAAGGAGAACCCCUUCGUCCCUAUAGGUGAGUUGCGUAAUGAGUAACUCUAGUGAAAAUCGUCCACAGCUGUACCUAGUCGGCUUCGAUGCAUACUAGGACUAAGUUAGAUGAUUCAUGCGUUGAAUAGACAGUCAUUUAGUCAUUUAAUGUGCGUCUUACGACCAAGAGACAACCGUUUUGUAGCUAGUUAGCUAACUAUGCGAACUAAUUUGCUAGCUAGCUACAGUAGGGAAAAGCAUGCAAUCAACUUAAUUUGGUAUGGCCAGCUACAGUUUUUAUAAGAUGUCAUGCACAGUGUCAUACACUAAAAGGCCUCAGCGUUGAUUAUUUGAUUGGAACAUAGCCUAGUGUGCCAAGACCCAUUAUGAAACGUUACAGGGGCCAUAAUGCCCUUGUCAAGGAGUUUCAUAAUAAACAUGUAUUAUAAUGGUGCAAUCAAUGGGUCAUACCCUGGGUGCUAGGCUACACUGGUCUAUAACCUAGUUAGGUAUUGAACAUUUAUGUGAAUAUGAAAUAGGGCACUACUUAAUGUGGUCCUCUGUAGCUCAAUUGGUAGAGCAUGGCGCUUGUAACGCCAGGGUAGUGGGUUCGAUCCCUGGGACCACCCAUACGCCAUAGGGCGGCAGGUAGAUUUGUGGUUAAGACCGUUGUGCCAGUAACCGAAAGGUUGCUGGUUCUAAUCCCCGAGGCGACUAGGUGAAAAAUCUGUCGAUGUGCCCUUGAGCAAGGCACUUAACCUUAAUUGCUCCUGUACGUUGCUCUGGAUAAGAGCGUCUGCUAAAUGACUAAAAAUUAAAAUUAAAAAAUUAAAUUAAAAUUAAAUUAUACGUAAAAAUGUAUGCACACAUGACUAAGUCGCUUUGGAUAAAAGCAUCUGCUAAAUGGCAUAUUAUUAUUAUUCACAUUGGGCAUGCUCUCUCUCUCUGUAGCUAUUCUUCCCCCUGUGGUUACAGGAUGAAUUGCAUCUGAAUGAAAACAAAUGCGCACACUUAUGCCUAAAAUGUCUUUAAGAUUUACAGUGGUCAGGGUGCCUGUUCUUUCACAGUACUGUGAUUGGACACCUUCAUAGGUCCUCCGUCCUCCAAAACAGAACAGAGAAGCAUUGGGCCCCACUGUGAAACCAAAUGGAAGCUGUUGAAUGCUCCUCCUUUCACACCUAUUCUUUUCAGACUGGUUACGGAAAACUUAAUUGUUUUGGGUUUUAAUAAAAUCUAUAUUCUGCGUCUCUCCCCAGGUUGUCUCGGUACAGCUGGAGCGUUGAUGUACGGUCUCCGAGCCUUCAAACAAGGCAAGACCCGGCAGUCCCAGCUCCUGAUGAGGGGGCGUAUCUUCGCACAAGGCUUCACCGUAGUCGCCAUCAUCUUCGGCGUGUUCGCCACGGCUCUGAAGAAAGACUGAGCAGCGUCGGGGUUGUAUUAAUCAUUACUGCAAAAAACUUUUUGCAACGGGGGAAAAAAACGAAAACAAGGGGUUUCUUAUCAGACAAGUUCUGGGAGUCCCUCCUUGUUCCAGACCUUUUUCUAGCGUUAGGUGGCUAGUGAAUACGACCCAGGCCUUUUUAUUUUUUUGGAAACACCCAUAAAACUCCUGGCAGUUUAUCCCAUCAUUUGA